UAGCUCACCUCGUUGAUUUUAAAUUGAAUAGAUUCGAGCGAGACAUCGUUACGUAUUUACGCCUUGAAAUACAAGUCGAUAGAGAUUACAGCUCAUUGUCUUGUCGCAAUUUGUAUUUAUUAUCAAUGACUCGAUUGAUAACCGCUACUUACAUAAUUUCUCGAUUCUCUGACAAUAUAGUCUUUCAUUACAUCCAUCAGACGUAACGUCAGCAGAGCUUCGAAAUGGGAUACUAUUCACUAACUGCAAAACUUCUACUUGUACCUGUCCUGUUAACAUCAUUAGCACCGCCAGUAUUAGUCGAUGCUAAUGAAGUGAAAUUGCUGGAGCACUUUGAUCUCCGCGAAAAAGCGUUAAACGUGAAACCAGGCGAUGUCGUGAAAGUAAUUGCCCCGGCAAGAAAGUCUCCUGACUCAGCGCUACCACUCAUAAAAAAUUACGUAGAAUCAUUGGGGCUUGUCGCCAACAUAUCCGAAAACAUUUACAGCGAUGAGGAUGCAUUCUACGCAAAUACCGACGAAUUUAGAGCAAACGAUCUGAUUUCGGCUGUUUUGGACGAUGAUGUGAAAAUCAUUUGGUGUGUUCGCGGCGGUACGGGAAGUAUUCGAUUGAUUCCAUAUCUAGAAGCGAAACUUCCGACAAAAGUGAACCAUAAAAUUUUGAUCGGAUACAGCGACAUAACUGUCUUACAUUUGUAUUUCGAGUACAAAUACGGAUGGCAAACGAUUCAGGGUCCGAUGUUGGAAGCGAUUGCCACCCAGUCAUACUCGCCAACAAGUGAAUCGGUCCUAACGUUAGAAGCACUGAUUUUCGAGCAGCAGGAGAAAGUUUGCUGGAAUGCGACAAAAUUGAACGACGUGACUGCAAACAACAUUGAAAGCGAAAUAGUUGGAGGAAAUGCUGCACUGGUUGAAGCCAGUGUUGGGACUGAUUGGGAGGUGAAUUCUAAAGGAAGAAUAUUGUUUUUUGAAGACGUAGGUGAAGCAGCCUACAGCAUUGAGCGGAGCCUAGACCACAUGAAACAAGCAAGAAUAUUCGACGGAGCAGACGCUGUUAUUUUUGGUGACUUUACGCAGGCUGACAAUACUACCUUGAUGAACAUAGUUUUCGAUAGAUUUGCCGAGUCAGUCUCGUUUCCCGUUUUCAGAGUAACUGGAAUUGGACAUGGGUCAGUCAACAUUCCGCUUCCAUUCCUUACACAUACGGAAAUGAGAAACGUUGAAGGACUAGACUAUGAAUUGUGUGUUGACAACAUACAAAAUUAUAGUAGAGAAUACAGUAAUAGUACGGACAACAACAACAACAGCAAUAGCAUCAGUGGUCAUCAAUUCAGUCAAUUUAACUUUUUCGCCGUAAUCAUCAUUGGCUUAUAUCAUUCGCUGUAUUAAAAACAUUAAUUUUUUUUAGUAGAUUGG